CAACAAAGCCUGGUUGGAUUGGUUUUGUCAACUCAAAACUAAUCCUGCAACCCUGAGUUUGUUCAACUACCAUCAUGGUACAGGCCCCAGGACCCACAUCAUGUUUGUCAGGCAUUUUGGGAGACACAACAGGAGGAUGAAAUGACGUUUUUGCUCAGUCGACAGCAACCAAUCAGAUGAGGCCAAUUGCGCUCGCGGCCUCGCGCGGCGAUCUACCUGUGACUGUAAACAAUGAACAACACAGUAGCAAAUUCUCGAGCCGCCAUGUCUGCAUCUAAAUACACCUUGCAGUGUAAUUCGCCUCAAUGCCGGGUAAAGCUGAGUGGGUUCGCGUGGGUCACGGCCUGCUCUCAUGUGUUCUGUGAUCAACACGGCUCGGAACAGUUCAGUCGAACACCUUCAGUUUGUCCCACUUGCUCCACCAUGCUUUCAGGAAAACUAGACGUGCUGAGAACAGAGCUGGCUCCAUCAGAACAAUACAAGGCUAUGAUUUUGAUCGGACUGCAGCCUGAAACGGUUUUGGAGAUCUGUCAUAAAGCACUAGUCUUUUGGACCUACCAGGUAAACCAGGAGAGGUUGCUGAUGGAGUACAAUAUGUCCAGGGCUGGGGGACAAGUGCUCCAAAUGGAGAAGUUUAUGAUCCAGCAGAACAAGAGCAGAGAGCUCGAGUUAAAUACAUUAAGAGUGGAGAUCGCAACACUGAAAAAGGGGCUGGAGGAAUACAAGCAGAAGUACAAUGAGGUUUUGGAGCGACUGAAUGAACGGAACAGGCAAUAUCAGAAGCUGCAGGGACUUCUCGACUCGCUUCGUAUGCACACUCUGGGAAUAGGAGAGAAAGAUCCCACACCCCACACUUUCACUACAGGGUUGGUCAAACAACACUCUCCCCAUAGUCCUUUAUUCCUGAGACCAGAAGGUGACAGGUUUUUCUCUUUGGGACCAGACAAUUCUCAAAGUUUCUUCCAGUUCAGUUCACCCACCCGUGACAGAACCCACUCUUUCAUCAAGAAAAACUGAGGUCACCAGGAGCUGCAUCAGCCUUUUUUCCCAUUUAUGAAUUCUGAUUCCAGUUCUGACGGCCAAGUAUGUUUGUUUCGGUUUAGUUUUUCAUGUUAUUUAUUGAUAAAGCUGUUGCUCAGAGUUUGGAGAUGGUCGUAAAUACUCCCAACAUGUUACUUUCUACUAAUUUAAAUGAUUUCAGUGUAGAAAAAAACUCAAUUAAAAUAUAUGUGAAAACCC